AUGGCUAAUCGGCUCAAACACUUAUUAUCGAGGAUCAUCUUGGAAUUUCAAAGUGCGUUUAUUCCUGGGAGGCUCAUUACUGAUAAUGUUCUUAUUUCGUUUGAGAUCUUACAUUAUCUUAGACGUAAGAAACAAGGGAAGAAUGGUUGUAUGACUCUAAAACUUGAUAUGAGUAAGGCAUACGAUAGGAUGGAAUGGUCUUUCUUACAAGCUAUUUUAUUACAGAUGGGGUUUGUGGAGGCUUGGGUUGACAUGAUCAUGGAAUGUCUUCGAACGAUUUCGUAUAAUAUUGAUCAUGGUGGUGAAAGUUUGGGUCCUAUUAUCCCAUCUCGGGGAAUUCGCCAGGGAGAUCCGUUGUCGCCGUAUCUAUUUAUCAUCUGUGCAAAAGUUGAUGACAGAUUUCUCUAUUGUAAGGCAAACAGAGAAGAGGCUCAACGGGUCCUGGAGUUGCUUAACACUUUUGAGCAGGCGUCGGGCCAGAAGGUGAACCUUAAUAAGUCUUCUGUUUUCUUUAGUUCGAAUACUGAUGUUGGGACUCGUGAUUCUAUUUUGUCUACUCUUCAUAUGAGGGCGGCGGAUGAUCAUAGUUUGUAUCUUGGGCUGCCUAGUAGGGUGGGAAGAAAUAAGAAUGUCACUUUCGGCUUUCUAAAAGAGAAGGUGAGGAAAAGAAUUCACAAGUGGGAUAGUAAACUCUUUUCUAGAGCGGGGAAGGAAGUGCUUUUGAAGUCGGUUAUUCAAUCUUUACCGACUUAUGCUAUGAGUGUUUUCUUGAUCCCGUUGGAGAUUUGUAAAGAUGUGGAUCGGCUUAUGGGUAGAUAUUGGUGGCAUACGAAGUCGUCGCAAGGCCAAGGUAUUCAUUGGAGGAGUUGGAAUAAGUUGUGCUUGCAUAAGCACCAAAGGGGAUUGGGGUUUCAAAAUCUCGGGGAUUUUAAUUUAGCUAUGUUAGGAAAGCAAGGUUGGAGACUUUUGACAAAUAAUAGUUCCUUAGUGGUGCGGGUUUUUAAAGCCAGGUAUUACCCCCAUUCUUCGUUUCUUGAUGCUGAGCUAGGCGCUAAUCCAAGCUAUGUGUGGCGGAGUGUUCUAGGGGCAAAAUAUGUGGUUAAGAUGGGUGCGAGAUGGCGUGUUGGAGCCGGUUUUUCUAUAUCGAUUCUCAAUCAACCUUGGCUUCCUUAUAAGGAAUAUCCGUAUAUGUUACCUCUUCUCAUGUGGCUCUCCAUGACUAGAGAUAUUGAUUUGAUUCAUUGUAUUCCGUUGUCUCUGUCUUCGGUUGAGGAUGCUCGGUUUUGGGUGUUGGAGACGCAUGGGGAUUAUUCUGUCAAAAGUGCUUAUCACGCCUUACAAGUAACCAAUGGUAGGUGGAGUACUCAAGACAAUUCGGGUUUUUGGAGGAUAUUUUGGAACUUGAAAUUGCCUCCUAAGAGGCUUGCUAUGCUUCUUUGGGGAGUUUGGGGGGCUCGUAAUGACUUGGUUUGGAAUAAUAAGGCUUUGUCGGUAGAGAGGGUGGUGAAUGCUGCAAUUACUUACCUUGAUUCUUGGAAGAAUGCUCAGCUGGAAAAUAGAGUUGUGUCGCCAAUUUCUGGCCCGAUUACUUCCGGGUGUGAGCAAUGGUCUAAACCUUAUUUUGGUGAGAUUAAGUUAAUUGUGAUGCCCGACCUAUUUUUGGCUGAAGCUAUGGCGUUGAAGGAGGCACUCUGUAAUACCCGGGAUUAA